GUUUUCGUUAUCAAGUGACUGUAAUAUGGACAUCGGCUCCACAUGGCACAAUUCAAAACCCAAAACAAUUGGAGAUCUGCUCCCAUGAGUCUCCACGUCACCCGCGCUGGGAACUGUCCAGAAUAAGGGGUGGAUAGAGAGAUGACCCCGCCCUGCUCGGCCUGUGGGACGUGUAGAGCUCUGCGUGGGCAGGAAAAGGAGAAAGAAAGCGAGAGAAGUCGCAAAGGAUGGGAAGGAGAGGAUGGGGUCGCUGGCAGGGCAUCUCCACAGCUGUGCUCUAUGGAUCCCUGGCUCUCUUCGUCUCCAUUCUCCACAAUGUCUUCUUACUGUAUUACGUGGAGACCUUUGUGUCUGUUUACAAGAUCGACAAAUUGUCAUUCUGGGUGGGAGAGACAGUAUUUCUGAUUUGGAACAGUCUGAACGAUCCUCUCUUUGGCUGGCUGAGUGACCGUUCCUUCCUCAGCUCCCCUCAGUCCGGGUCUCAGAUCACCUCCCCUGAAGUGGUUCUAAAACGACUGCAGGCGCUCUCCAGAAGCGGGCCUCUUUUCGCUCUCUCUUUUCUGGCCUUCUGGGUGGCCUGGACUUGGCCUGGACUGCAGUUCCUCAUCUGCCUGUGCCUUUACGAUGGGUUCCUCACUGUGGUGGAUCUCAACCACAACGCCCUCCUGGCCGACCUGGCCGUGUCAGCGAACGAUCGCACGAGCCUCAAUUUCCACAGCUCCCUGUUCAGCGCGCUGGGCGCGCUAUCCGUCUUCCUAUCCUACUCUUUCUGGAACAAGGAGGACUUCUAUUACUUCAGGUUAUUCUGUGUGACGCUAGCUGCACUCUCAAUGUUGGGCUUUGCUGUGGUUUCACGUCUUCUGUGCCAUCGCUUUCAGAAAGAAGUUCAACCACGCCAGAACGACUGCCAGGAACUUACAGAACUCAGUGUUGGUCAAGCUCCUUUUACCUCUUCUGAGAAGCCUGUCACUCUUGGAGAAUAUCUGAAGCAGUUAUCACACCACAGGAACUUCAUGUGGUUCGCCUCGAUGAACCUUGUACAGGUUUUCCACUGCCAUUUCAACAAUAACUUCUUCCCCCUGUUUUUGGAGCACCUCCUGUCAGACCGUAUAUCUGCCUCCACCGGUUCCUUCUUGCUUGGUUUUUCUUACAUCGCCCCUCAUCUGAACAAUCUCUACUUCUUGACGCUGUGCCGUAGACUGGGUGUCUACCAGGUGAUUCGCUGGCUCUUUCUCUUGAAGCUGGGUCUCAGCAUAGCCAUGCUGUUAGCUGGGGCGGACCAGGUGUACCUGCUCUGCAUCUUCAUUGCUAGUAACCGCGUGUUCACCGAAGGAACCUGUAAGCUUCUAAACCUGGUGAUCACUGACCUGGUGGACGAGGACUUUGUGUUAAACCGCAGGCAGCAAGCAGCUUCUGCCCUCCUCUUUGGCAUGGUUGCCUUGGUAACCAAGCCUGGCCAGACCUUUGCCCCUCUCAUUGGUACCUGGUUGCUAUGCGUCUACACAGGAUAUGACAUCUUCGAGAGGAACUCUGUGGGCACAGAAGCGAUCUCAGCCCCUGCAUCCCCCAUACCCCUGCGUCAGGGUUGCUUUUACCUGCUGGUGUUUAUACCGAUCACCUGCGCACUUCUUCAGCUGCUGGCGUGGUCUCGUUUCACUCUUCAUGGACGAAGACUGCAAGGCAUCAAGGCCCUGAGGCAAGGCGCCCAGCACAACCACCUCAUUGAUGUCAAGGCUAUCUAAUGCUCUCAGAGUCCGGAGAAGGAGGAGGACGAUCUGAACAUUCCGCAAAACUAGGAAUUCUGCCAACAGACUGACCCGAAAUGAAGGAUGAGGGUGCCAAAUACAGCAAGAGACGUUUGAGUUUAAUGUAUGGCCGUGCAUCUUGCUGAAUCCUGCAUUACUUUGCUUAGUUUGCUGAGUGUUAAUUAUUUAUACUGAGUAUAUAUUUGGGACCAAAUACGAACGGUUAAGAUAAUCUUGUGGUUUGGGACCAUAUUUAUCAGACUGCCCCCAAAACAUCUUUGUAUGAUGUGUCAAGGUAUAUUUAGAUGAGUUGAUAAUGAAGCCAAAUCAGAUUUGAUCCAGACUCCCUUAAGAAGUUUAUUCUUGCCUCUUUCCUUAAUGGUCUAUACAGAAAAACACUGUGGUUGUAGAAAAAGCAUGUUUACAGUAGCAUUCAGCAACAUUCCAGGGACACAAUAUGGAUUUGCAUGGGUAUCUGUGGAGGUUUCUUUAAUACAUUUGUAAUUGCCAAAUUGUUUGGAUUUUAUGUGGCCAGUAAUAUUUGUUUUUAUAUAACAUUUUGAAAUGUAUUCAGUCAUUGCCAUUAAUGAUAAUUAUUAAUCAAAAUGUAUAUAGUGUGCAUGUAUAACUUAUUUUUGUACCUUAAUGUCCUAUUUCACUUUAUUUUUGUUUCAAAGUUAACUGAUGGGACGUGAAUAUUUACUGGGCAAGUCUGACAUUUCUAUACAAAUAGAAUUCUCGAAGGUACAAAAAUAGUUUUAUAUAAGAGUUUUCCAAAUUAACAUUUAUAGCGUCGAAUUUAUAUUGUCAGCUCUUCGUGAAAGUCAUAUUCUCAAAACACACAUAAAGUUGCAGUGAAUUUACAGGUAUGGAAAAUACUGCAAAAAUACAACAACCAGACACGU